AUGGAGCUGCCUCCCCGAAGGCGGGCGCCGCUGGACUCGCCGCUGGACAGCUGCUCCCUGACCUCGCUGGACUCCAGCGUUUUCUGCAGCGAGGGUGAAGGGGAGCCCCUGGCGCUCGGGGACUGCUUCACGGUCAACGUGGGCGGCAGCCGCUUCGUGCUCUCGCAGCAGGCGCUGUCCUGCUUCCCGCACACGCGCCUUGGCAAGCUGGCGGUGGUGGUGGCCUCGUGCCGCCGCCCCGGGGCCCUGGCCGCCGUGCCCAGCCCCCUGGAGUUCUGCGAUGAUGCCAACCCCGUGGACAACGAGUACUUCUUCGACCGCAGCUCGCAAGCGUUCCGCUACGUCUUGCACUACUACCGCACCGGCCGUCUGCACGUCAUGGAGCAGCUGUGCGCGCUCUCCUUCCUUCAGGAGAUCCAGUACUGGGGCAUCGACGAGCUCAGCAUCGACUCCUGCUGCAGGGACAGAUACUUCAGAAGAAAGGAGCUGAGUGAAACGUUAGACUUUAAGAAGGACACAGAAGACCAGGAGAGUCAACAUGAGAGUGAACAGGACUUCUCCCAAGGACCUUGUCCCACUGUCCGUCAGAAGCUCUGGAACAUCCUGGAGAAACCUGGAUCUUCCACAGCUGCUCGAAUCUUUGGGGUCAUCUCCAUCAUCUUUGUGGUGGUGUCCAUCGUCAACAUGGCCCUGAUGUCAGCUGAAUUAAGCUGGCUGGACCUGCAGCUGCUGGAAAUCUUGGAGUAUGUGUGUAUUAGCUGGUUCACCGGGGAGUUUGUCCUGCGCUUCCUGUGUGUGCGGGACAGGUGCCGCUUCCUGAGAAAGGUGCCAAACAUCAUCGACCUCCUUGCCAUCUUGCCCUUCUACAUCACUCUUCUGGUAGAGAGCCUGAGUGGGAGCCAGACGACACAGGAGCUGGAAAAUGUGGGGCGCAUUGUGCAGGUUUUGAGGCUGCUCAGGGCUCUACGCAUGCUAAAGCUGGGCAGACACUCCACAGGAUUACGCUCACUCGGGAUGACAAUCACCCAGUGUUACGAAGAAGUCGGCCUACUGCUCCUAUUUCUGUCUGUGGGAAUUUCUAUAUUUUCCACGGUGGAAUAUUUUGCUGAGCAAAGCAUUCCUGACACAACCUUCACAAGUGUCCCUUGUGCAUGGUGGUGGGCCACAACAUCCAUGACUACUGUGGGCUACGGGGACAUUAGACCAGACACCACCACAGGCAAAAUUGUGGCCUUCAUGUGUAUAUUAUCAGGAAUCCUUGUCUUGGCCUUGCCUAUUGCUAUUAUUAACGACCGCUUCUCCGCUUGCUAUUUCACCUUAAAGCUCAAGGAAGCAGCCGUUAGACAGCGGGAAGCUCUGAAGAAGCUCACCAAGAAUAUAGCCACUGAUUCAUAUAUCAGUGUUAACUUGAGGGAUGUCUAUGCCCGGAGUAUCAUGGAGAUGCUUCGGUUAAAAGGCAGAGAAAGGGCAAGUACUAGGAGCAGUGGGGGAGAUGAUUUCUGGUUUUGA